AAAGCCGUUCAUGUUAAGUAGAGAGAGUGAAGUAUCUUCUUCUAUCUUUUCUAUGAACUUUCUGUACCUAAAAAACAAAAACUAAUACUACUACAAACUCCUUAAAUUAAUACUACUAUUCCAGUAUACAUACAGUGUGAUGAACUAAAAGCAAAGCAAUCUCCUACAAUUAUCCUUAUCCCUGUAGUUAAGAGUAUAAAAUUCUUCUUUUAUCAAUUUACUACUCUCAUUUGAUUGAUUCACAGCAUGUAUAAUAAAUACACUUAUUGUUGCUGUGCUUAUUUUUCAUAAAUUACUCGUAACUCGCCGGUUAAGCUUUACGUGUCUUUUGGGAGGCGGUUUUUAGCAUUUUCAGUGCCCGCCGGCAAUGGCUGGCGCUUUUCUGAUUCUAGCCUUGGCGUGCGCGUUCGUUUUCUUGGCAGUUAAUAGUGGUGUCGACGGCGGCGGCGGCGGCGGCGGCGGAUUUCCCCGCGGCGUGCUUACUUUAGAGAGAGCUUUUCCGUUGAACCAGAGAGUGAAGUUGGAGGAGCUUAAGGCUAGAGACCGAGCACGGCACGCUCGCAUCUUGCAGAGCUUCUCCGGCGGCAUAGUCGAUUUCCCGGUGGCCGGAACAUCCGAUCCCUACCUCGUCGGCCUGUACUUCACCAGAGUAAAACUUGGAUCUCCACCAAAGGAAUUUAAUGUGCAAAUUGAUACUGGCAGUGAUAUCUUGUGGGUGUCGUGCGAUUCCUGCAAUGAUUGUCCUCAAUCAAGCGGACUUGGGGUUGAACUCAAUUUCUUCAGCACUGCUGGCUCAUCAACAUCUUCCUUGAUUUCUUGUUCUGACUCAGUGUGUGCCUCCAUAAUUCAAACUGCAUCUGCUCAAUGUUCAGCUCAAAGCAAUCAAUGUGGUUAUUCAUUCCAAUAUGGAGAUGGAAGUGGCACUUCUGGGAUCUAUGUCUCUGAUUUGCUCUAUUUCGACACAAUUUUGGGCUCUUCAUUGAUUGAGAACUCAUCUGCUCCUAUUGUAUUUGGGUGCAGUACUACUCUGUCUGGAGACUUGACUAAAUCUGAUAGAGCAAUAGAUGGAAUAUUUGGUUUUGGUCAGCAAGAACUUUCGGUUAUAUCACAAUUAUCAUCUCGGGGAAUUACUCCUAAAGUGUUCUCCCAUUGUUUGAAAGGUGAAGAAAAUGGUGGCGGGAUACUUGUUCUUGGUGAGAUUUUGGAUCCGAGCAUCGUUUAUACUCCCCUUGUUCCGUCACAGCCUCACUAUAAUUUAUAUCUACAGAGUAUUGCUGUUAAUGGGCAGUUAUUGCCUAUUGAUUCAGCAGUAUUUGCUACAUCAGAAAACCGAGGAACGAUUAUUGAUUCUGGAACCACUUUAGCAUACCUUGUGGGAGAAGCUUAUGAUCCUUUUGUCAGUGCUAUAACAGCUGCUGUAUCGCAAUCUGCCAGACCAAUCAUUUCAAGAGGAAGCCAGUGCUAUUUAGUAUUUUCUGGGUACUGCAAUCCAUAACUAAAUCAUUGACAUAUUCCCAUUUUCGUAAAGUUUUAUCAAGCAUGAUUUUUGGGCUAAAGGAAUCCCUAUCUUCUGAACAGAAUAAAUGAAAUUUUCCCUCCUGUUUCUUUAAACUUUGCCGGGGAUGCAUCCAUGAUAUUAAGACCAGUCGACUAUCUUGUACAUAUGGGGUUUCUGGUGAGUAUGGUGAUUUCUGCGCAUUAACCUUUACACUGACCAAAACUUUCUUAUAAUGGAUAUUGCUAUGUACUGUAAUAGUUUUGUGUUACCAAAUGUGUGAUUAACCUAUUAAUAGUUGUUUUGGCUACAUUUGCAUUUGCUGAAAUGAAUGUGCCAAUUCCUUCUUGCAGGAAGGUGCUACUAUGUGGUGCAUUGGCUUCUCUAGGGUAGAUCAAGGGGUGUCAAUUUUAGGAGGUACGUUUAUGCAAGCAAGUUUCUCUGAGGUGCAAGCCGUAUCUAAAAGUUAUUUUUCUUCGUUCAGAAACUCUAUCUAGUACUAGAUCAGGUGUUUGCCUAAGCAGAUAGUUCAGACAUCUAAAAAUGUAAUGCAGCAACCUUUCUGGCAAAUAUAACAAACUCUGAGGCGCAAGCCAUCUCUAUAAAGUUAAUUCAUCAUUCAGCAACUCUAUACUAGAUCAGGUGUUUGCUUAGGCAGAUGCAUCAACUUUUCGGGCAAAUUUUAACAAAUCUCUAAUGUUUGCUAAUGGUGCUUCAGUGCUGUUUUUGCUGAUCCAAAACAGCCAAAAUUCCCGUAGUUUUUGUCUUGAGGAUCUAAUGUUCUGGACCCGGUCUUGCUUCUUUGGUGAUUAUCCUAAAGAUGGCAUCUUGUGUUUUGCAGAUCUUGUUCUAAAGGAUAAGAUAUUUGUCUAUGAUUUAGCUCGCAAAAGGAUUGGAUGGGCAGAAUAUGACUGUAAGUUGGGUCAAUUGAUUCAAUAUUAAUUCAUUAAGGCUUGAACUUUGUUCUGUAUGUCUCAUCCGGAUCGGCUAUCAUGUUGUAUGUAUUUCUUUCAGGUUCAUUGUCUGUUAAUGUCUCCAUCACUUCUGGCAAGGAUGAAUUUGUAAAUGCUGGACAACUGAGUGUUAGCAGUUCAUCAAGAAGGGUACCCUUUAAUAUACUAACAGGCACCAAUGCAUUUUACCUGAAAAUGUUAGUAUUGGUUGGUUUCCUGUUUUUGUAGCACAUAUUAUAGUUUUAGUUUUCCCUGUUAUCUGGAAAUAGGCUUAGCCAGUUUAUAAUAUAGCAAUUGGCAGCAUUCUGGUAGUGUUAUGAUCUUUUAGAGUAGCAGCCAUUCUUCAUCCUUCUUUCUUGGCAGAUAUAGGUCUCCUCUCUAGUCUUGCAAAUUUCAACAGAAAUUUCAUCCUCUAUUUCCUAGUGUGUCCAUCUAGAGGAUUAAAUCAUUAUAACAUGUAAAUUAUCAUCCCCACCAGCUCAGGUUGAUUGAUGGUCAUAGGGAAUCAUUUUUUUCUUCUCUCCUCUAAGAGAUAGUGAAACUGAGAAUGUAUAUAACUUGAAAAUUUUGGAGUUUUAGUUGGGGAUUUUUGGGGUACCAAAUACCCCAUUUCUCUUAGAAAAAUAGUCCUCUUUUUAUUGUGCUAUUUUAUUAAUACAAGAAAAAUAUAAAAAUAAAACUAUUUUUAUGGAAUGGAACCAUGCAUCAUUCGG